AAGAAUUCAAAUUGAAAUUACGGAUAUGAUGCGAUUCAAUUAUUGAGAUUCAAAACAAUGAUACCUAAUCUCUGUCUUUUUCAAAAAUAUGUGAUUCGACAUAAUCAUGAAUAGUCUCUAUAAGUCCACAGUUUUGAAAAAAAAGAUUUAUAAGUGAGUUUAAUUAUAAGAAAUUAAUUCGCGUUCCAGAAAUAAAUAACAUUGACUUUGAAUAUGUAAGUAUAAAUUUUCAAGACAAUGGAAUAUGUCUGGCUAUGUUUCUUUUUAAUUUCAUUCGCUGGAUCAGAAUGUCUGCCUAUUUUGCUACAAGAAAGGUCCCUCCCAAAGGUGUUGUCGGUUUGAGAGACUUUCAUGCAUAACGUAUGCAAAUCUGCUAAUGCUCGGCCUAUUCAUUGGAUCAAAGCGUCAAUACAAAGGGUCUUAGCUAAAUCGGGAUUAUUGAUAUGCGGAUGGGGUGACGUCGCGAAAUUUUGAUACAGCCGCAUGUCUGGAGCAUUUAAAGAGACGCAAAACGCUUUUGGUAUCAGAUACAGAGGUUUCUACAAUGGAUGGAGUCGGAAAAGACGAGAAAAAUAGUGAUGAGGAUAAAGACUCUUCAUUGCGAGAUAUCUUGGGGAAUUUCGCAUCUUCUACUACAGCUCAUGGAUGUGAAAGAAUCGACAAGUCAACUUCUACCAUUGCUAGGGUGAUAUGGGCAACUAUAUUCAUUGGCUGUACUAUCGCUGCCAUCGUGUGUAUCGCAGCGCUUUUGGAGAAGUACUUCCAAUACCCUUCAAAAGAUGUUUAUGAGAUGAAUAGCGAUAAAAUAGAGUUUCCCUCUAUAAGUUUCUGCAGUUUGAAGCCAAUCGUUUCUUCUUACAAGAAACGCGUUGCUAAAAUGGAACCGGGGAAUCCUUACAUGGAAAUAGACAAAGCUAUCAAAAAUAUAGACGGUGUUUUAGAUUAUCUUUCCCAAGAAAACAACACACAGAACAAUCUUUACCAGAGACUGAAAGAAAUGUAUUAUCUUUUCGCUUCGUACACGUCAAUGUACAUCCAUGCGACUGAUGAGACUCGAAGUCUUGGACAUCAACUGGAGGAUCUUCUGCUAUCAUGCAAGGUCAACAUGAUGUCAUGUGUUAAUAUGCCAGACGUUAAGAUAAAGCAAUUCGACAAUGCACUGUAUUGGAAUUGUUACACGUUCAAUUGGAAGGAUUAUAACACAACUGGUGAAAGCGAACCAUAUGUAGAGAUGGUCGGGGGCCUUAGCGGCUUUCAAGCCACAUUCUUCUUGGAUAAUAUCGACACAUUGGAAAGCUACUACAAUCCAAUGUGUCCUAUAGAUGGUUCCGUCGGAGCAAAGCUUAUCAUACAUCGACCAGGGAGCAGGCCAGAUCCUCUGCGUGAAGGUUUGGAAGUGCCGGUAGGAUUCAGCACAAACGUGGCAGUCUCAAAGAAAAAGCGCGAACUGAUCGGUCAACCCUGGGGCGAUUGUGAAAACCGGGAAAAACUUGACGGGGCACCGUAUAGAUACGACCAGGCGAAUUGUGAACGCGGUUGUCAACAGAAGGAAAUAGUCAAGAAAUGUGGAUGUGUGUCUCCUUGGCUUCCCGUUUCUGAUGAACAGAAGAACAUUUCGUGGUGCGGUAAAUUUAAUUUGGAUAACUUUAAUAGUGCUUCGCCAAAUUUAACAAUUCUCGACAAAGACCUUAUUCCAUUUGAGUGUCAUAUGAUGAUGACGAAGAUGACACCUAACGUUACAGAAUGUGAUUGCCCUCCUGCUUGCGAGAAUCAUAUGUAUGAAUAUAAGACCUCGCAAUCCCAGUGGCUCCUUGGUGGGAAUCGGCUAAACUUCUAUCAAAGUGUUGUUAACCGUAUGGGAGACUCUUAUAUCAACUCCUCAAUGUACCAUCUUCUUGACGCGGCGCUCAACUCAAACGACAGCGCAGAAAACUUUAAGAAUCGAAAUUUGGUUUCACAGAACUUCCUUCGUGUCAAUAUCUUCUUCGAUUCUAUGCAUACAGACCUCAUACGGCGAGUUGAAGAGUACACCUUUACUGAUAUGAUAUCGGGCGUUGGUGGUGGAUUUGGCGUAUAUGUCGGCUUCUCUAUCGUCACCAUGUGCGAAUUUGUCGUGUUGUUUGCCUCCCUAGUUACAGCAUUGAUACAGAGGUAUGGACUCCGGCAAAACAAAGUGGCAAUGGAAAGUGCACCAACUCACGUUCAUAUAAUACACGUGAAACAUGCAAACAAUCAUCUAGCAGAUGUGGACUGAACUAGUACUAUGAAACAUGUAGGCAGUUUCUGAACACCUCUUAGUCCCACCUUCUCAAUUUACCAUUGAAGUCCAUGUUAAACAAGGCCAACGUGCAAAAUGUCACCACCUGUCAUCUGUUACACGAACUCCGAAGGCCAAACACUGUUCACAAAAAUGUUGGAGACUGUAACAAUAUGUCACCGCUUGUGGUGGUGGCAUAAAAACUCAAAAUUUGGACACCGGCAAAUCUACUUUUGGCCGGUCCCAGUGGCAUUCAGAUUAGACUGGUUUUAC